CGCUCACCGGUGCGCUCUUGCUUGUCCUCCGUCCACGUUUGGACGCUUUUGGAUUAAUUCAAGAUAAAUUCUUUGGAUUUUACGAUGAGAGUCAGAACUCUUCUCGUUUUCUACACCUGCCACUUUCUGUUUUUUCUCCUGUCGGGGGUUACUUGUUCUGAGGCAGAGCACAGGUUGUUUUCUGUGAUCUUCUCCAGUUAUAACCAGUACAUCAGACCUGUGGAGAAUGUGUCUGACCCAAUCAUAGUUCAGUUUGAAGUGUCCAUGUCACAACUGGUCAAAGUGGAUGAAGUGAACCAGAUUAUGGAGACUAAUCUUUGGCUGCGACAUAUAUGGAAUGAUUAUAAACUCAGGUGGGAUCCCAAAAAUUUUGGAGGGGUUGAAUUUAUCCGUGUGCCCUCUAACAAGAUCUGGAAGCCAGACAUUGUGUUGUACAACAAUGCAGUUGGAGACUUCCAGGUGGAUGAUAAAACUAAAGCUCUUCUACGCUACAAUGGAGAUGUAACCUGGAUUCCACCAGCCAUCUUCAAGAGCUCUUGCAAGAUCGAUGUUACUUAUUUCCCUUUUGACUACCAGAACUGCACCAUGAAGUUUGGCUCGUGGACUUACGACAAGGCCAAAAUCGACCUAGUGCUGAUUGGUUCCACUAUAAACCUUAAGGAUUUCUGGGAAAGUGGAGAGUGGACAAUAAUUGAUGCUCCUGGGUAUAAGCAUGAUAUCAAAUACAACUGUUGUGAGGAGAUCUACACUGAUAUUACUUAUUCUCUCUACAUUCGCCGCUUGCCUCUUUUCUACACCAUAAAUAUGAUAAUUCCCUGUCUUCUCAUCUCCUUCCUGACUGUUCUAGUAUUCUAUCUCCCUUCUGAUUGUGGUGAGAAGGUGACGUUGUGUAUUUCAGUUCUUCUCUCCCUUACGGUUUUCCUCCUUGUCAUCACAGAGACAAUCCCAUCAACCUCUCUCGUCAUCCCUCUGAUUGGAGAAUAUCUUCUUUUCACCAUGAUAUUCGUCACUCUCUCCAUCGUUAUUACAGUCUUUGUACUCAAUGUACAUUACCGCACCCCUAAAACACACACCAUGCCAUGUUGGGUGCGGCAUGUCUUCCUUAGUAUGCUCCCUCGGGUUAUGUUCAUGACCCGGCCUGUGAAAGAUCCAGAGAGACCGGGCUGUGUGGGAGCCCCUCCACGACCUUGCACUCUUCAGGCUCCAGGGUCCAUUCCCCAACACCUCCCUAAGCAACAGAGUCUCGCAGGAAUCCUGCCACCACGCCCUCAUCUCCUCCUGUGCACAGAGCUCAACAACCUGAGCGAGGCGUCCAAGACAGGGUCUAGUUUCAUGUGUAGAGAAGGGCGAUGUACAUUCUGCUGGAAGCAACAUGGCAACAAACUGUCCAAGGAAGGGGGAGCUAGUGGCAUCAUGGGAAGUGGAGAAGAAGGAGAGAGUACCUGCUCCAGCUCAGAAUCCAUGGAAGCAGGGUUUUUGUGUAUGUCAACACUCUCACCUGAAGUGAGAGAGGCCAUCGAGAAUGUAAAGUACAUUGCUGAAAACAUGAGAUUACAAAAUGAGGCCAAGGAGGUCCAGGAUGACUGGAAGUAUGUUGCCAUGGUGAUUGAUAGGAUCUUCCUGUGGGUGUUUGUCCUUGUGUGCAUUCUGGGUACAGCUGGACUCUUCUUGCAGCCACUGCUGUUGGGCGAUGACAUGUGAUACCCUCACAGACAUUGAGACAUUUUAACAGAAUCUGAAUGUAACUUCAAACUGAAUUUGAGAACCCUUACUAAGCAUUAUGGUAUUUAAGUAUUCAUAUCAGGUUUUGUUCAGAAAAAGGUUUUUAUCAGAUCUGAAUUAAAAUAAAUCAGUUUACAGGAUUGGUGACUCUGGGACCUCUGAGGGUUAAAAUGGAGCAGCCAAAAUGAUGGCCUACAUCACUGAUUUUCAAGAAGAUUUCGAAGGACCCUAAUGGGGAAAAAAGUCCUUUUAAAUUAAUGUUCUAGGUUCAGUACAAGUUAAGCUCUGUAGUGGCUUUUUGUUGCAUUAAGUUUAUUACAAUAUAUACUGUAUAUAUACACUAAAUGGCCAAAGGUUUGUGGACACCAUAUGUGCUUGAUGAACAUUUGAUUUCAAAAUCUUAGGCAUACAUUUCCCCCUUUGCUGUAAUAUCAGCUUCCACUCUUUUGGGAAGGCUUUCCACUAUACUGUAUGUAGUAACAUGGCUGCAGGGAUUUGCUCUCAUUCAGACACAAGGCUAUCAGUGAGGUCAGGAACUGAUGUUGGUCGAUGGGGCCUGACUUACAGUUGCUGUUCCAGUUCACCCCAAAAGUGAUCAGUGGGGUUCAGGUCUGGGCUUUGUGCAGGCCAGUCAAUUUCUUCCACGCCAGACACAGUAAACCAUUUCUUUAUGGACCUCACUUUGUUCACAGGGGCAUUGUCAUGCUGGAACAGAAAAGGGCUAUCCCCAAACUGUUGCCACAAAUUUGGAAGCACACAAAGCCCAAGCCAUUACAUAAAGAAACAUUAAGAUUUUUAGAGUAACCAAAUGUGUUAAUUAGAAGGGGGUGUCCACAAACUUUUGGCCAUACAGUGUGUGUGUGUGUGUGUGUGUGUGUGUGUGUGUGUGUGUGUGAUAUAUAUAUAUAUAUAUAUAUAUAUCGUUAUCAUUGUAUUUGUAUUAAAUAACUAAAUAAAUCAUGUGUAGGCCUACAGUAUGGCACUUACAAUAGAAGUUAAAGGAAUGUUCCGGGUUUAAUACAAGUUAAGCUCAAUCGACAGCAAUUGUAGCAUAAUAUUGAUUAUGAAGGAAAAAAAGAAAAAAUCUGGGUUACAGUGAGGCACUUACAAUAGAAGUGCAUGAGGACAAUUUGUUUGAGUUAAAAGACUCAAAAAAUACAUGAGUAUUAAUAGAAGAAUUAAUGUAAGUGCUUUUAUAAAAGUAUAAGCUACACAUUUCUGGUUUUAAACCCUCCAAAUAUUGGCCACAUUCACUUUCAUUGUCCCCAUUCACUUCCAUUGUAAGUGCCACACUGUAACCUCGAUAUUUGCUUUUUUUAAAGAAAAGGCGGGACGAGUCGAAAUUAUAUAUAUUUUUUGGUAAUCAACAUUAUGUUAAAAAUGCUGUCAAUUGAGCUUAACUUGUUUGAACCCAGAACAUUCCUUUAAAUUUGUCAGUAAGGGGUCAGUAAGGGUCUUAUCUGUGUAAAGUUAUAUACAAUUUCAACUCUGUCUUGGCAACAUAACGUCGGUAAAGUCUGUAAUGACGGCAAUUUUUGCAUAACGUCCACAGCAGGAUAUCAUGAUGGGAGAUGAUGUAACUUCCUUGUUUAUAUGGCGCUGAAGCUGAUCAAACAGUAUGCAAGUCCAUUGUCUUUAAUCAGAAGAACAUAAACGUGUGUCCUUCAUAUAUCUGCAGACGUUACUUCCAUUGUAAGCAGUGCGUGGUCCUGGUCCUCCCCAUACGCAUACUUGCGGCGUAGGGCCCCCAUGCUAUCAAAGAUGUUUAAAGUAGCACAGGUAAAUACAUAAUAAGUAGAUAUGCCCUGCAUUCCAAACGGCCUAAAUAAUGCCUUCAGAGGGCACUUCUAAGGGAUUACAAUAAUUAACACCAUUCUGUAAGAUCAUUCCAAACUGAAUUUCUAAUAAAAAUUGCUCUAAAAUUGAGUUUC